UAAGUCAAAUAUUAUUUAAAACGGAUACAUACUGAAUAAGCUGAUGCAAUAACGGAAAGGUUAAAGUUCGCCAUGUAGAUUUAUAAUUGGAAUAUUGUUUAAACAGUGUAUAAUACAUCGAAUAUUUUAACAAGGAUCUACAGAUAUGAAUCUUUAUAAGCACGAACGAGAAUCAUUGACAUCAGUACAUAUAACUGAACAUGAAGUCAGGAGACGAGUAUGCUGUCUGGCAAAUAAGAUUGAAAAAUUUGUCAAAAAAAACCUUAUGCUCAUCCUGACCUUUGGAGGCAUUCUGUUGGGAUUUUCUAUUGGGUUUGCUAUAAGAACAGCCCAGCCAUCGAAAGACACCUUGAUAUGGAUAGGAAUGCCAGGAGAGCUUUUUUUACGAACUUUGAAGUUGUUGAUUCUGCCUUUAAUUGUAUGCAGUGUAAUCUCAGGAAGUGCUGCGCUAGAUCCAAAGUCAAAUGGGAAAAUCAGUGCAAUAUCAUUCCUCUUCAUUGUCAUCACUAACAUAUUAGCAGGCGUAUUUGGUGUAGCAUUGUGCAUCAUUUUCAAACCAGGGGAUGGUGUUCUUUUGUCCAAAGACAUUAAAGAGACAGCUAUUGUUGAAACACAAGACAUAUUUAUUGAUUUACUCAGGAAUGUAUUCCCAGACAACAUGAUAAAAGCCACAUUUUCUCAAUCUCAAACUGAAAAUAAAAUAAGUUUUCAAACUAUUGAACGAAACACGACCAAUGGGACUAUAUCUGAAGUUGUACAAACUAUAAGUAAAAGUGUGAAGGAUGCAGGAGGCACGAAUGUGCUUGGUUUGAUAACCGUGUGUACUCUAAUUGGAAUUGCAUCAAGUAGACUUAAAGGCAGAGUUAAAGUUUUUACUCAGUUCUUUCAGGCUGGAGCAGAUAUAAUAUUGCAGAUUUUAAGAUGGAUUCUAUGGACAACACCACUAGGAGUUGCUAGUUUAAUAGCGGUAUCCAUGGCAGGAAUAACAGAUAUUUCAACUGUAUUUGCACAGCUCGGCAUGUUUGUCCUAACUGUAACAACAGGAAUUGCCAUUCAUCAACUUGUAUUCAUGCCUCUAGUUUUAUUUAUUCUCACUCGUAGAAAUCCAUAUGUAUAUCUGAUUACUUUGGUUAGGCCUUGGAUGAUAGCACUAGCCACUACGAGCACUGCAGUCGCAAUUCCAGAAAUGUUAAACGCAUGUGAAGAAAAAAAUAAAAUAGACAAACGUGUCAGUCGUUUUGUGAUACCCUUCUGCGUUACAUUGAAUGCCGAUGGCAGUGCAUUGUUCAUAUCAGCAGCUGCAGUAUUUCUAGCAACCAUUUCUGGAAUGUCCCUGUCAGCAGCAGAUUAUAUCGUUAUAUGCAUAUUAACUGGUUUUGCAACAUUAGCUUUGCCGUCUAUUCCAAGUUCUAGUAUUGUGACUUUAGUGAUGGUUCUUACAUCCCUAAAUAUACCUGCUGGUCAAAUUUCGUUACUGUUUGCUGUUGAAUGGUAUCUGGACAGAAUCAGAACAACAAGCAAUGUCGUAAGUCAUGCAUUUUGUACUGCAGUGACUUAUCAUUUCUGUAAAAAUGAUUUAAAUACAUUAGACAAUAUUCCAUGUGAUGAUAUGGAAAUCGAUAUAGAGAACCCGGAAAUACAACAUGACGCUUCUGAAAGGACAACUGGUAAUUUAUAAACCACGCACAUUGAGAUGAGUGUCGCGUGUACGGAACCAAAUAUUUCAAAUGUAAUAAAACCAACAUAUCAGCGAAUAGAAUAUUCAAAAGGAGCAACUAGAUUUGUUCACUGUGACCAUAAUUUAGUUUAGUCUAUCGAAGUCACAAUCUUGUCAGUCUUCCUAUGUUCCCGGGUUGUUAUCAAAGAUUGUGAAUGUUAAAGUUUUGGUCAACCAGAGGCUUGAUAGUGUAGAGGUACGUUCCAUAAAGCCGAUGGAUAGUCAUAGGCUAUGGUAAACUGUGUAUACUUCCUUGUAUAUAUUUUCGAUGUUUGGCAUUAAUAAGACAUAUAUUUUUGAAGAACCAAGUAUCUUGAAAAUAUAUAACUAUAUAGAUGGAAUAUAUAGUGUUUUUUGGUAAUUCAUUCGAAAGAAAAUCGACGGACGAUUACAAUUUUAGCAUUCGAUUAAAUGGAAAAGUCUAUCUACUAUUUUACAAUUGUUAAUUAUUUCAUAGUAGUUUAUAUACUGAAGGCUGACCUUAAAUUGGAUUAAUUUAUUGGUCUGAUAUUGCGUUAUCAGAAAUGAAAUAUCACGUAGAUAGUUGUAUUAUAAUCAUGAUUAAAUAUAUAAAUUUAGUUUAUUUUACACACUAAAUUUGAUCAUAAGCUAGCAUUUAUUUUAUUGUAUUGAGAUUCGAUAUUACGAGUAAGAAAAUAUUUUUGCUAUUAUGAUAAUAUUUAUUAUCUUAGUGUAGUUAACACUUGUAUGAUGAUCCUAAAUUUGUGAUGAAUGUAUGUUAUUUAUAUUUUAUGUUAUUG